UGCUUUACGUGUGGAGGGCACGGACGCAGAGCAGCAGAUCUGAACAGAGAAACCCGUUCCAUCAUGGAGGGGAGGCGGGGUCUUCUGCUCUGCUUCAUCAUAGCAGCGUGUUUCUACAGCAACGGCGCACAGACGACAGUGUGCACUGAAGAGGCCAUAGCAGACAUCGUCUUCCUGGUCGACGGCUCGUGGAGCAUCGGUGCUGAGAACUUUGAGCAGAUCCGCCAGUUUUUGUUCACACUGGUCAACAGCUUUGAUGUCAGCCCUGAUCACGUACGCAUCGGCCUUGUCCAGUACAGCGACACUCCACAUACAGAGUUUAAGCUCAACACCUAUAAGAACAAGGACGACAUCCUCAAGAGCAUCCUCAAAUUGCCUUACAGGGGGGGCGGCACCUUGACUGGUUUAGGCUUGGAAUUCAUGCUGAACGAACAUUUUGUGGAGAAAGCUGGAAGCCGAGCUGUGCAGAAAGUGCCACAAAUUGCUGUGGUGAUCACUGAUGGCAAGUCCCAAGAUGAUGUAAAGUCUCACGCUGAGAACCUGAGAAUAAAAGGGAUUGUUCUGUAUGCAAUUGGUAUCAAAGAUGCAGAUGAAAGCCAGCUAAAGGAGAUUGCGAAUAAGCCUCACAAUCAGCAUGUCUACAGUGUGUCAGACUUUGCAGCGCUGCAGGGAAUUUCUCAGAACAUCGUCCAGACGUUAUGCACAACUGUAGAAGAAGUCAAACGACAACUCCUGCAACUGUCUCAAGAAUGUGCCACUGCCACCGUGGCAGACAUAGUCUUCCUGGUUGACAGCUCAUCUAGCAUCGGCACUGCUAACUUUGAGGAAAUUAGACAGUUUCUCCGAAGUUUCAUCUCAGGCCUUGACAUCGGCCCCAACAAAGUUCGGGUUGGCUUGGCUCAGUAUAGCAAUGAACCCUACCGGGAGUUUCUGCUGAAGGAUCAUAUGGACAUGCAGUCCUUGCUGGCUGAAGUCGAUAAAUUUCAGUAUCGAACAGGAGGCACAGAAACAGGCAAGGCCAUUGACUUCCUCCAGUCAGAGUACUUCACAGAGGAGGCAGGGAGCCGGGCAGGGCAGCGAGUUCCUCAGAUUGCUGUAGUUCUCACAGAUGGGGACUCCGCGGACGACGUGGAAGCGCCCGCCCAACGCCUGCGCAGUCAGGGGGUUAUCAUAUUUGGUAUCGGGGUGGGCCAAGUCAACCAGCAGGAGCUUGAGUCCAUUGUAAAUCGGCCUCCACACCACUUCCUUUACACUAUUGAUAACUACCAGGCUCUACAGAGGGUAAAAGAUGGUCUGCUGCAAACUGUAUGCAUUUCCAUGGAGAAUCAGAGGCAAGCCUUGGCAGAAAAGUUUGCAGACAUUUUCUUCCUGGUGGACAGUGGCAUCAGUCAAACAGAUUUCCAGCAGGUCAGAUCCAUCCUUCUCCGACUGGUCAAUCAACUCAACAUUGGAGCAUCUGCCCAUCGUCUUGGAUUGGCCCAGUAUGGUCAAGUUACCAAAGUGGAAUUUCUUCUUAAUGCUUUCCAAACCAAAGAGGAGACACUGGCUGGUGUAAGGAGCUUCCGCCAGAGCCGACUUCAAACCAAUCAGCCACGCAACCUGGGCAGCGCACUAGAGUAUGCCAACAAUAACUUCUUCACUAAUGAAUCAGGAAGCCGAGCAGCCCAAGACUUCCAACAGUUUCUGGUUGUUCUAAGUGGAAAAGACUCAGAUGAUGAGGUUUUUAAGCAGUCACGUCUGAUCAAAUCACAAGGCAUAACUGUUGUGGGAAUGAGCCUCGGUGCAUCGAUGGAUGAAAUUCGUGUGAUAGCCACUGCGCCGUACAUAUACGACUCUAUCAGCAAUGCAGUGCCUACACUGAAGACCAUUUUUGAAACAGAGAAGGAGACGAUCACUCUCACUGGAGAUUGCAAAGCAGCCAAAGUGGCAGACAUCGUGUUCAUAGUAGAUGAGUCGGGAAGCAUUGGCACUAGGAACUUCCAGCUUGUGCGUUCUUUCCUGCAUUCAAUUGUCAGCGGCUUGGAAAUUGGUCAAAAUAGAGUUCGAGUUGGCAUUGUGAUGUACAAUGACAGGCCCACAGCGCGGAUCUACCUCAACACAUUCAAUGACGGAGACGAACUGCUGAAUUUCAUCAAAAUCCUGCCUUAUCAUGGAGGUGGUACAAACACUGGAGCCGCCCUAAACUUCACCCGGGAAAAUAUUUUCACCAAGGAAGCUGGAAGCAGGAAAGAUAGUGGCAUCCAGCAAGUGGCAGUAGUGAUCACAGAUGGUGAAUCCCAGGAUAGGGUGAUCGAGGCAGCAGCUGAGCUCCGUCGUGCUGGGGUCACCAUUUACUCUGUAGGAGUCAAAAAUGCCAACAAGGCUGAGUUGAACCAGAUGGCGUCUCAUCCCCCCCAAAAGCACGUGUUUAUCGUGGACUCUUUUGCCAAGCUGAAAGCUCUGGAGAGGACACUGCAGAGAACUCUGUGCUAUAACAUAAUUCACCAGGCAGUCGCAGUCAGUACAAGAAGAACUGGAAUCAAAGAAGGCUGCGUACAAACAGAUGAAGCAGACAUCUUCUUCCUAAUUGACCACUCAGGGAGCAUUCACCCCACUGACUUCUAUGACAUGAAAAAGUUCAUAAUUGAGUUUAUUCACACCUUCCGUAUUGGACCUCAGCAUGUCAGAAUGGGUGUUGCGAAAUAUGCAGAUUCACCAAACCUGGAAUUUGAUCUGACAGCAUAUACAGAUGCAACAGAGCUGGAGAGAGCUGUGGAGGAAAUUGAACAAGUAGGAGGCGGGACGCAGACAGGGAGGGCGCUGGAAUUCAUGGGUCCACAUUUUCAGAGGGCUGUGGCCACCCGUGGUCACAAAGUCCCAGAGCACCUGGUGGUCAUCACUGAUGGAAAAUCUCAGGAUAAGGUCAAGGGUCCGGCAGAGAAACUGAGGGCACAGGGAGUCACUGUCUAUGCUAUUGGGGUGAAAGAGGCCGAUGUGAAUGAGCUGAAAGAGAUUUCCGGUGACCCCAAGAGGAUGUUCUUUGUCAAUAAUUUUGAUGCCUUAAAGCCAAUCAAAGAUGACAUCAUCACAGAUAUUUGUUCUAAAGACGUUUGCAAAGAUAUACCGGGCGACCUCCUCUUCCUGAUUGACAGCUCUGGAAGCAUCUAUCCUCAAGACUACCAAAAAAUGAAAGAUUUCAUGAAAUCAGUCAUUAGCAAGUCCAUCAUUGGGAAGAAUGAGGUACAUGUAGGUGUCAUGCAAUUCAGCACUGACGUGAAACCUGAGUUUCCACUCAACGUCCAUUACAGCAAAGAAGAAAUGUCGAAAGCCAUUGAUAAUAUGGUGCAGUUGGGUGGAGGUACCUACACAGGCAAAGCCUUAAGAGAAGUGUCCAAGUAUUUUGAUGCAAACCAGGGCGGACGGCCCGACCUGAGGCAGAGGCUAAUGGUCAUCACAGAUGGUGAGGCCCAAGAUAAAGUCAAAGGCCCUGCCGCAACUCUGAGGGCUAAAGGAGUGGUGAUUUAUGCCAUUGGAGUGGAGGAAGCCAACACCACCCAGCUGCUGGAGAUCAGUGGAUCCCCAGAUAAGGUGUAUGCUGAGAGGAACUUUGAUUCUUUGAAGGACUUAGAUAGUCAGGUGGCUUUGGAGCUCUGUGAUCCAGAGAGAGAAUGCAAGAAGACAGAAAGAGCUGACAUCAUUUUCUUGGUGGAUGGUUCUACAAGCAUAACGGCAGAAAAGUUUAGAAGCAUGCAGAAGUUCAUGCAAUCAGUAGUGAACCAAACUACAGUUGGCAAAGACCUGACUCACUUUGGUGUCAUUCUCUACUCGACUGAGCCAAAGUCUGUUUUCCCUCUCAGUGAGUACAGUUCCAGGCAGGAGGUUUCCCAAGCAAUACUGGCUCUGAUAUCCCCAAAAGGAGACACGUACACCGGCAAGGCUUUGAAAUAUUCUUUGCAGUUCUUUGAUGCAAAAUAUGGUGGAAGGGCAGAAUUGAAGGUGCCUCAGAUUCUCAUGGUGAUCACAGAUGGUGAUGCUACUGACCGAUACAGUCUUGUUGAACCAUCUGUGGCUCUGAGAAAAAAAGGGGUUGAUGUCGUCAGUAUCGGAGUGGAAGGAGCCAACAAGACACAGCUCGAGAUCAUGGCUGGUUACGACGAUUCGAAAGUUUUCUAUGUGGAUAAUUUUGCUGCCCUGGAAAAACUCUACAAAAACAUCACAGAAGUCCUGUGCAAGUCCACCAAACCAGUUUGUGAAAAACAAAGUGCUGACCUGGUCUUCUUAGUUGAUCAGUCGGGUAGCAUUAGCCCACGUGACUACGCCAUCAUGAAGAACUUCACCAUAGAACUCAUCAACAGCUUCAAAGUCAGUGAAGAUUUAGUUCGUGUUGGACUUGGCCAGUUCAGCAGCAUGUUUCAACAUGAGUUUUACCUCAAUCAGUACUACACUGAAAAGGCAAUGUCCGAGCACAUCUUAAAAACGAAUCAGGUCGGUGGAGGAACCAACAUUGGACUAGCCCUGACUUUCAUCAAGGAAUAUUUUGAGGCGUCACGGGGAAGUCGUAAAUCUGAAGGGAUCUCCCAGAAUCUGGUGCUGAUCACAGAUGGAGAAUCACAGGAUGAUGUUGAAGACUCUGCCGUUGAAUUAAGGGGUCUGGGAAUUGAGGUGUUUGCCAUUGGCAUUGGAGACGUCCACGAUCUGGAGCUGCUGCAGAUCACUGGCACACCGGAGAGGCUGUUCACUGUGCAGAACUUUGGCAGCUUGGAUAAGAUCAAGCAGAAGGUGGUUGACACCAUCUGCAAAUCCAAACUCAUCCCAGAUGAACCUGCCUGCAGCAUUGACAUUGCCAUGGGAUUUGAUAUUUCUAGAAGAAGAAACCCCAGUGAUGUGCUGGUCAGCGGCCACAGCAAGCUCAGGACCUUCCUGCCAGAGAUUGUUCAGUAUCUUUCCUCAGUCCAAGGCCUGUGCUGCCUCGGCCUCGAGCCCAUCAAAACCAACAUAGCCUAUCGACUCGUGAGCCGUGACGGACGCACCCUGGACGAUUUCAGCUUUGUGAGCUACAGUGAUGAUGUAGUGACAAAAGUCAUGGCCUUGAAUUUGGCAGAGCCUACUUAUUUCAAUGCCGCUCUGCUCAGAUCCUUUGGGGAGAAGUUCAAGGUUGAGUCCAGAGCUGGUGUGAAGGUGCUGGUGAUCUUCUCAGACGGAUAUGAUGAAGAUGUGAUGACGCUGGAGAAUGAAUCAGAGCUGCUGAGAGAGUCUGGCAUCAGCGCUCUGCUGGUUGUGGCUCUGGAGGGAGUGCGUUACCCCGCCCAGCUGCAGAUGGUGGAGUUUGGCCGAGGGUUCGGCUACAAACUUCCUCUGAGCAUCGGCAUGCCGAGCAUCGGCAGCACCAUCCACAAAGAGCUUGACACCGUGUCCAGCAGGGAGUGCUGCAACGUCAUGUGCAAAUGUUCAGGACACGAAGGCAUCCGUGGCUCUCAGGGUCCCCUGGGGUCAAAGGGCAUCCCCGGACAGAAGGGUCACUCCGGCUUCCCGGGAGAGGAGGGCCUUGCUGGCGGCCGGGGUCCUCCUGGGCCGAGUGGACCUCAGGGGGUCCAGGGAUGUUCUGGCGUCCGAGGACAGAAGGGAUUCAGAGGGCUGCGAGGAGACAGGGGUGAAGACGGAGAGGACGGCCUGAACGGAGUCGAUGGAGAACAGGGAGUGAAGGGACAGGAUGGAGCUCGAGGAGAGAGAGGCCACCCUGGAGACUGGGGUAUCCCAGGUAUCCGCGGGGACCAGGGGGUGAAAGGACAACGAGGACUGAGAGGAGAUCCGGGAGAAUCAGGUGCCGAUAACACCUCCCCGGGAGCUAAAGGAAGCCCAGGAAACCCCGGACUACCGGGCACACCCGGGCAGGACGGCCUGGCCGGUGAGGGUGGAGUCGUUGGAAACCCGGGUCCAAAUGGAAGACGAGGGCCUCCGGGUGAGAAGGGUGCAUCUGGACCGCCUGGAGAUCAAGGAGUAGAAGGUGUCCCAGGUGCUCCUGGUGCACAGGGUCCCAGAGGGGUCGGAGGUCAGCCUGGGCCGAGAGGCAGCCCUGGCCUUCACGGACCUCAGGGUGCACCUGGACCGGUUGGAAGCCUGGGAUCACCUGGACGAAUCGGUGAUACUGGACCGAAGGGUCAACCAGGAGAUCCCGGGGAAAAUGGGGCUCCAGGACGGCAGGGACCCAGAGGAAUGCCGGGCCAGGACGGUCGAGAUGGUUAUGGACCUGCAGGACCUCGAGGUGCAAAGGGAGAUCCUGGUUUCCCUGGCUACCCUGGUCUUCGGGGUGAGGACGGUCUGCCGGGACUGAAAGGAUACCCAGGACGGAAAGGGAACCGAGGCCGAGGGGGUAACUCUGGCCUGCCGGGAGAGUCGGGAGUUUCUGGAGAACCAGGAUAUCCAGGACACAGGGGCCCGCGAGGUUCUCCUGGAGGCAAAGGCAUGACUGAGUGUCAGCUGAUCACCUACAUCAGAGACAACUGUGCUUGCUCCACUGGUCAGUCAGAGUGUCCGGCCUACCCCACUGAGCUGGUGUUUGGCCUGGACAUGUCUGAUGAUGUGACCCCGGCAGCCUUCGAGAGGCAGCGCUCCGCCCUCCUCUACCUGCUGGAGGACAUCAGCAUCACUGAGAGCAACUGUCCGCGUGGCGCUCGAGUCGCUGUGGUGGGAUACAACACCUACACCAAGUACCUGAUCCGCUUCCAGGACCACAGCCGCAAGUCACAGCUGAUAGAAGCUGUGAGGGGCAUCGGGCAGGAGAGGACAUCCAACAAACGCCACCUGGGCGCCACCAUGCGCUUUGUGGGUCAGAACAUCUUCAAACGAGUCCGAUCAGGGAUGAUGACAAGGAAGGUGGCCGUCUUCUUUUCUAAUGGGCCAACAGAUGGGGUUGUUGACAUUGUAACUGCCAUGAUGGAGUACCGGGCCCUCAACAUUGUCCCAGCAGUCAUCUCUCUGAGGAACGCUCCCGAUAUUAUUCGAGCAAUGGAGGUUGACGACUCAAGAAACUUCGUCUUCACGAUUCUGCGGAGGCCGCAGGAGCAGGCCAAUGACCUCAAGAGCGUCAAGAACUGUGCGAUCUGUUAUGACCCCUGCAAGCGUUCAGAGGAAUGCAACUUCAUCCAGGAGGCUAUCAGGCCUCAGCAGGUGGAUGUGGACCUGGUCAUGGUGCUGGACAGCUCCAGGGAGAUGCAGGCCGACGAGUACACUGGUGGCCAGCAGCUGCUGAGCUCUGUGCUGGAGCAGCUGGCUGUGAGUCCUCAGCCCCGCCGAGAGGACAACAAGGCCCGAGUAGGUCUAGUCCAACAGAGCACCAAGACAGAGUUUGGUCUGCAGACCUACCAGAACAUCGACCUGAUGAAGAGACACAUGGCCCAGAACAUGCAGCAGCAGAGUGGUUCUUCAACACUGGGACAGACGCUGGACUACGCCCUGAGGGAGGUGCUGCUGAAGCCCGGCCAGCCACGCAGGAAGAAGGCUGUCCUGACUGUGGUGGGCACCAAGACGGCCUACACGGACCAGGCCAAGCUGCACUACAUCUCCCAGAAGGCCAAGUGUGAAGGGGUGGCACUGUUUGUGGUGGCUGUAGGUGAUCGUUACAACCAGACGCAGGUGGAGGAGCUGGCCAGCAUGCCGAUACAGCAGCACCUGAUCCGAGUCAGCAGGCUGAAGGCCGACGAGCAGGGCUACGCCCAGCGCUUCAUCAGAGUCUUCCUCUCCGCCCUCAACAGGGGAAUCAACUCAUAUCCUCCUCCUUCUUUAAAACGGACAUGUGAUCAGCUGGGUGGCCAAGAAGGAGAACAAACAUUCAAUACAGGUCAGGACUUUGCACAGGUGGAGGACAUGUUUGGAGAGGAGGUGGAGGUGGAGGAGAACUUUCAGGAGCAGACGCAAGGACUGAUUCAGACGGGGCAGCUGGACAUCACUGAGACCCUGACCAGAGGAAAUGGCCAGGCAUCCAUCACUGAGAGCCGCUUCAACGGUAGCCCGCACACACGGCACAAGCCUACUGUUGCUGUUAAAGCCCGGUGUCAGCUGGCAGCUGAUAUCGGCACCCAGUGUAAGAAAUAUGUCAAAGCUUGGUUCUUUGACACAAACAUCGGUGCAUGCUCUCCCUUCUGGUAUGGCGGCUGCGGCGGUAACGCUAACCGUUUUAGCACGGAAUAUGAAUGUGUCCGGACAUGUGGCAACCACCAUCCGAACGUCGUGCUGAAGACACUGCCUCCCAGCGUUGGCUCUGAAGACGCCUGUUUCCUCCCCCAGGACCAGGGCGACUGUGAGAACUACACCAUGAUGUGGUUCUUUGACACCAAACAGAAGGCGUGCGCUCGCUUCUGGUACGGUGGCUGUGGCGGCAACAUGAAUCGCUUCGUGACGCAGGAGGAGUGUGAGAACCUGUGUCUGAUGAAGAGUAGAUGAGGAGGAAGAGGGAAUCACUGCUGAAGACCAGACACACGAGAAAAACUUUAGAAAACUGCAAGGAGAGCUGCCGAGGCAACUUGAUGAAUUCUUCACAGCAUUUCCUGUGGGACACUUCCACCGCUGACGAGUUUCUGCCUUCAGUUUCUGCCUUCAGUUUCUGCCUUCAGCUGGUUGAACGUUAGCAGCUGCCAGCAGAACUGCUUUUCGGUCAUCUGUCACCAGAGUCGCCUUCGUUUUUUAUCCUUUUACAUGUAUGUUUGAUUUCUGCAGAGUCCCAGAAAGGUCACAAUAACAUAAAUGCACAGUAAGGUUUGUGUUGCCUCACAAUAUUUCUUCUGAUCCUUCUCAGAUCUGAAACAGCUGGUCGGCUGCUCUGCAGUUUUACAGGAUGCAUUUGCUGCUUCUUUCACUGUUUUUUUUUCUCUCCUCCUUAGUCCAGAAGUUUUCAAAUUUUAGAAAAUAUAAAAAAAAAGUGAAAAAUAAAAUUGUAGGACUUUGGUUUUCACAUGUUGGGUCACUUACUGUCAGUACAAUGAGCCACACAGCAGCUACAGUGCAGGUCAGAUACAUUAAAAAUGCUCUAAGGAGCUGCGGUCUGUGGGACUCCAGAAUGACACAAUGCUGUAUCACAGUUAUUGUGAGGUAACACAAAAAUCCUUGCUGUGACCUUUCAGGGCCUCCGUAGGUUUCCCUCCUGAGCACCUUCUGUUUCCCCCUCACAGCUCAGCUCUGCAGCAUGACCGACUCCUCACACACUGCCCUUCCAAUCAGGUGCUACUUCUGUAAAUCAGGUGGUGCUGAUGCAAAAACAAGCUUAAGACUUGAAUUGAAUGUUUGAAGGAAUUACAGCAGAGAAGCUGAUAUUAAAAAGUGUUUGUAUUAUCAAGAAGUUAUUUUCCAUAAACCUGAUACAGCUUUAAAAAAUCUGGUACAGAAUUUAAAUGUAUCUCAUAAAUCUUUUUUUAAAGAUAGGACUCGUGGAUCUCAUAUAACUGUAACUCAGCAGCUGUCAGACACAAACGAUGGUUUAAGAAAAUAAAAUGAU